CUUCGGUGCGGUGCAACAUCCGUGUGUAUAUGCGCUCGCUCUGCCUCUCAGCCCUGGUCGCGUGCGCGUCUGGCCUCAACCUCUUCUCGCAGUUCAUGAAGCCCACCCUGCCCGGCUUUCCAGCUUCCGCAAAGAGCGUCGCCGAGGUGCUCGCCCGGCCGGACUGGACGGCGGAAUUUCCGUUCGAGGCUGCGGACUUUGCGCGGCAGGACGAGAGCACCGACACGCGCUUCUACGACCUGCCUCGCUUCUGCUUCCACGUCGACGAGGCUGCGGUGGCGGCCCUGACCGAGCACUACUCGACCGCCUUUCGCGAGUGGGAGGCGCCAGAUAUCCUCGACAUCUGCGCGUCGCACGUCUCCCACUUCCCGGCCGACGUGGCGGAGUCCUCCGGCCGCCGCGUCGCGCUGGGCAUGAACGAGGAGGAGCUUGCGAGGAACGGCCAGGUCACGGAGUACGUCGUCAAGGACCUCAACGUUGACCCGCGGCUUCCGUUCGAGGACAACUCCUUCGACGUGGUGACCAACGUCGUGAGCAUCGACUACCUCACUCAGCCGCUCGAGAUCUGCAAGGAGGUCGGGCGCGUGCUCAGGCCGGGCGGCGCAGCGAUGUUUGCCCUCUCGAACCGCUGCUUCCCCACCAAGGCGGUCAACAUCUGGCUGCGCACAAACGACCUGGAGCACGUGCACAUCGUCGGCUCCUACUUUCACUACGCGGGCGGCUUCAAGCCUCCCUCGGCAGUGGAGGUCUCGCCGAACCAGGACUCCACGCCCUGGCAAGGUGGCACCUCGCAAAACAUCGCAUACCUUGCCGUCGUGAAGGCCACUGUAGAUAAGUGAGGUCCGCCCCGAGAGACAAGACACGUGUACGUAUGUCCCUACACACUCUCUGUGCACCGCGGUAUCCCGUCGAGUAACUGACCAGACACGCAACGCGCAACGCGGGUCGAUCCGGACGGACACCCAAGACCCAACGGCCGUCUUGCGUCUAACUCUCUACUCUCUAGAUUGAGAUACGUGUAGAUGCUAGAGCCACCGUCUGCUAGACCGCCCGUCCGUCACGGCCCCCCCGCUUAUAAGUACAAACGUGUAAGCCGCUUAAAAAA